CUUAUUGGGUGUUAUUACACAACCUCCACGUCAAGAAAACAGGUGGCCACGUGGCACCGUUCGUCAAACGCUGCCAAACCUGCUCAUGGAUGGGGACGGAGAAGAGCAGGCAACGCUAUCCGUUGCUGCACCCAACGUUGGACCAUGGUUGCUGAUGGUUUUUCGAUCUGUAGCUGCACCCACUGCUGUACGGUGGCUGCAUCCACAUUCUGAAUCUAUCUCAUUUGCUCAACACAUACACCCUAUGCCGAAUGAGAACGAUGCAAGUUCAUCUCGAGCCUGUGGUCAAACGCCGCGACACACGAACGAGAGGGUGGUGACCAGGAGUGCCAGACCUAACAUCGCUGCCAGCAGUGAUGCCACCACCUCUCGCAGCCUCUACUGCACUUGCGGCCACUCUAGGUGUCGAAUCGGAAACGCAGCAACACGUGGUCCAGGACUGUCCGCUGCAUUCUCUCCGACCGCGCCGCCACUGGCUUCGCCAGCAUCACCGUUGGUCUCAGCCUUGGACUAGCCACUUCCUUGGCCCCCACUUGUCAGCCGGGUGCAACACAGAUCAGCGCGGUCAAGCUAGGCCCGGCGCGGCUGGGCUCGUGAGGUUGAUUACAGUCUCGACUAGGUAGGCUGCGUAGACCGGCUACUUCGCUACAAACCGGAUCCAACAUACGAGGGUACCGGUAUCGCAGCAUUCGGCAUAGAGACAAUAUACCAGAGCUACGUCAUUGCGCUCCCGUAGACUUUACACCUGUCUUGAGCGAUCUAUAGGCGGCCGC